AUAUACUGAUAAUAUUUUUUAUAUGUCUAGUUGGUAAAAUUAUAUAAUGGCGGAUGAAGACGCAACACACACUGUUGAAGAACCUUUAGACUUGAUGAAGUUUAGCUUAGAUGAAAAGGUUUAUGUUAAAAUGCGUAAUGAUCGCGAAUUACGUGGAAAACUUCAUGCUUAUGACCAGCACCUCAACAUGGUCCUUGGAGAUGUUGAGGAAAUUAUUACAACUGUUGAUGUAGAUGAAGAAACGAUGGAAGAAAUUUUUAAACAAUCAAAAAGGAAUAUGUCAAUGCUAUUUGUUCGAGGAGAUGGUGUCGUUUUAAUAUCACCAUCUUUAAGAAUUGGUUCUUAAACAAUCGAUAUAAGACACUUCUUAACGUGUUUGACUUGUGUUUAACGAUUCUGUAUUGGGUUUAUUUCGAAAAACCAUUUGAGUACAUUAAUAAAUUAAAGACUCACAAACGAACAAUUAUUAUUUUACGUUUUUGUGACUUGGAUUAAGAGUAUUUUUGUAAACAUAACUUUAAAUUUUGUCGCAAAA